GAGCUCCCAGGGCCACAGCGUUGACUGGUCAGAAAGCCAAAGUAACAGGAGGUCUGUACAACUGUGACUUCAGCUCCUCCUCCACCAGCUGUGACAGAGUGGACUUUGACAAUGAUGAGGAUCUGCAAAAAGAGAGCAAAGAAAAUCAGUGGAUGGGGGUGACGGUCAGCAGUCAGGGGCCAGGAGGGAAGAUUGUGACGUGCGCUCACCGCUACCAGCUUCGGGCCAACAUCAACACAGCCAUCGAAUCCCGCGACAUCUUCGGCCGCUGCUACGUGCUGAGUCAGGACCUGACCAUCGACCCCCAGUCUGACGAAGAUGGGGGCAGCUGGCGCUUCUGUGAGGGGCGGGUACGCGGCCACGAGAGGUUCGGCUCGUGCCAACAGGGACUUUCUGCCACCUUCACCAAGGACUACCACUACCUGAUCUUCGGGGCUCCCGGGGCAUAUAACUGGAAAGGUGUAGUUCGUCUAGAACAGAAGAACAACACGCUGUUGGAGAUGGGUUUCUAUGACGACGGACCAUUUGAAGUUGGAGAUGAAAACAAAAAGGACCCAGACCUGGUCCCCGUCCCGGCCAACAGCUAUCUAGGCUUCUCUCUGGACUCCGGGAAAGCGGUAACCAAGAAGGGCCAGCUGACGGUGGUGGCGGGAGCGCCCAGGGCCAACCACAGCGGGGCGGUGGUGCUGCUCAAGAAAGGACCCGACAACACCAACAUCCUCCUGUCCGAGUACAUCUUGGAGGGCGAGGGGCUGGCCUCCUCCUUCGGCUACGAUCUGGCCUUGCUCGAUUUCAACGGCGACGGCUGGCAGGACAUUGUGGUUGGAGCCCCCCAGUACUUUGAGAAGGACCGAGAAAUUGGAGGAGCCGUUUACGUCUACAUCAACCGAGCCGGGGCCUGGGACAAGGUCAGACCCACCAGGAUAGACGGACCCAAGGACUCCAUGUUUGGCCUGGCUGUGGAAAACCUGGGAGACAUCAACCAGGACCGCUACCAUGAUGUGGCAGUGGGGGCUCCUUAUGAUGAUGAGGGGACGGGAAACGUCUACAUCUACUUUGGAUCCAAAGACGGACUCGCCUCCAAGAAAGCCUCGCAGGUGCUGUCAGGCCAGCCUUUAGGAAUGAAGCUGUUUGGCUACUCGCUGGCAGGAAACAUGGACCUGGAUAAAAACUCCUACCCAGACCUGGCUGUGGGGAGCCUCUCUGACUCUGUCUUUGUCUACAGAGCCCGGCCGGUCAUUAACAUCAAGAAGGAAAUUAAGAUCACACCGAAGGAGAUCGACCUCACUAAGAAGAACUGUGGCAAUAGCGUCUGUGUGGCUAUCGAGGCCUGCUUCUCCUACACCUCCAAGCUGAAGAACUACAAUCCCAGACUUGCGGUGGCGUACUCGGUCGAGGCGGACGCUGAGCACCGGAAGAAGGGUUUGCCCUCCAGGGUGACCUUCUCCAAACCGUCCAGCUCCGACAACGACUACCAGUCCACGGGGACGAUCGACCUCGGGGCCCAGGGGGCGAGAGAGUGCAUCAAACAGAAACUCACCUUACAGGACAACAUCCGAGACAAGCUGAAGGGAAUCCCCAUCGACGUGUCCGUGGACAUCCAGAGCGCCGGACGCCGGCGGCGACAGAGCUCGCUUCGCGACCCUGCGCCCAUCCUGGACGCCAGCGAGCCGAUGACGGUGCGCGAGGAGGUGAAUUUCCUGAAGGAGGGGUGUGGCAGCGACGGCGUCUGCCACAGUAAUUUGCAAGUUAAAUAUCGCUUCUGCCACAGGACCCCCAGCCAAGAUGUCUUCACCCCUCUACCCAUGAAGGCCGGGCUGCCGGUGGUCUUGCUCACCGACCAGAAGGACAUCUCCUUGGAGGUCACGGUGACCAAUGAGAACGGAGACGACGCGUACGAAGCCUCCGUGCUCGCCUCCUUCCCUCGCUCGCUCUCCUACUCCGCCUUCCGUUCGGCACCUCAGUCUGACAGGCCGGUGACCUGCACAGCCAACCAGAACGGCUCCCAGGCUGACUGCGAGUUAGGAAACCCCUUCAAACGAAACUCGACGGCGAUCUUCUACAUCAUUCUCAGCACGGCGGGCAUCUCUCUCGAUAUCACCGAGCUGGAGAUUGACCUGCAGCGAGAGACGACAAGUGAGCAACAGAAAAUGACACCUGUCAAAGCCAAGGCAAAGGUAGAGAUUGAGCUGCAGCUUUCUGUAUCAGGAAGCGCCCAGCCUUCCCAGGUUUACUUCACAGGUGAGGUCAAAGACCAGAGCGCCAUGAAGACCGAGAGUGACAUCGGCAGUGCCAUCCGAUAUCAGUUCAGGAUAAUCAACCUGGGAAAACCGCUAGAGAACGUCGGCACCGCCACCAUGGUCAUCCACUGGCCGAAGAUGACGCAGAAUAACAAGUGGCUGCUUUACCUGAUGAAGAUCACCUCCACUGGCGUACAGAAGGUCAACUGUUCCCCCGGCAGAGAGGUCAACCCCAUCCCUGUCAAAGAGGAGCCAACUAACACCAGAACGAGGAGAGCCGUUGAGGACACUGCCAACGAGGAGGAGGGAUCUAUUGCACUCCUAACUGACCAGAGGAAGUCCGCAGUUCUGUCAUGUGACCAGAGGGCAGCGUGUGUGGAGUUCCGCUGCCCCCUGCGGGGAAUGGACAGUAACGCAGUCAUCACCCUCCACUCCCGCCUCUGGAACAGCACCUUCCUGGAGGAGUUUUCUGACUUGAACUAUCUGGAUGUGAUAGUAAAGGCCUCCCUCCACGUGGAUGGCACCGCUUCGAACAUGGUGCUGAAAAACGCAGAGACGAAGGUGAAAGUGACCGUUUUCCCGGAGAGACGUGCAGCCCAGUAUGGAGGCCUGCCCUGGUGGAUCAUCCUUGUGGCCAUCUUGCUAGGACUGCUGCUGCUGGGUCUGCUGGUGUUCCUUCUGUGGAAGUGUGGCUUUUUCAGACGUACCAAGUAUGAAGACGGCGUUCCCAGUUACAACGCCAUACGGAUCACAAGGAAGGAGAGGGAUAUCACACCUGGGAACGACAACUGGGAAAACCUGGAAAAGAAACCCUGGAUCACUAGCUGGCACGACGAUGAGCAUUAUUCCUAACAGCCAAGAGACUCCUGAUGUCCACGAACACUCCUGACAAAUACUGGUCCGUUCUUCUUCUGACAGAUGCCUCCUGUGUGGACUGUAAAUAUUAAUACAAAAAACAAAAUAUCAACAAAAAAAAAGGUUUUUAGGACUUGAUACUUGAUCCGAUAUUCUUCUUUUGGGGUCACUUUGAUCUCGGACGAGGCCGAUAUGAAUCACUGGAAGGAAGAGUGGGAGACGGCCCUGCAGAACUACUGUCUGUCAGAGCUUUGUGGUGUGUUAUGUACAUUUAUGAUGUUCACAGUGUUGACGGGGGGGGGGGGAGGGGGGGUCUAAGUUUUGUAUAUUUUCUUAAUAUUUUGCAUAAGUAUAUUUAUUCAUGAGGAGUAUCUGUUCCAGGCCAAAGAGUAAUGCAACAUUUCAGUGCAUUCAUAGCAGGGAUGCACCGAUAUUGGCGUCGGACAUCAGGCUAAAACGGAGAAUCUGUAUCAAGAGAUUUUACCCAAGACUAAAAUGCGACACCGAAAGCCAUGAGUAACAUGUCAUAAAUGAUGGCAAAAAAAGAAAAGAAUUGAUAUACUGCAUUUUGGACACAUGGAAGCCUGUAUUUCUAUGACACAAUUUUGAUUCUACGUUAUUUUGUCCAUUGAGCCCAAACUAACAAAUCAUCGUCGGCUGAGUACUCGGUAUCGACCAACACUUGAAAGAUUCAUGCUCGGAAAGCCUGGUAUUGGUGCAUCCCCACUUCCCGGGCUGUAUUUGAGAUGUUUUCCCCUGUGUAAAAGGUGCAGUGUGUAAUGUUUUGGUUUCCCUGGCGUAGAAUGUGUUGUGAAUAUCAGUGGGAGUUCAAUGUUAACGAGUAAAACAGAUUGACGCGCGCCUCCUCCACUUAGUUGUCCGCAUUUUGCCGCAAAUGUGCCGUUUGUCCGCUCCCGUUCUAUUUGUUUGCUUUAAAGCAGUGGUUCUCAACCUUUUUGGGGUCCUGGACCCCCUGCGUAUUUUUGAUCUACCCUGAGGACCCCUCCACCUGAUCUUGGGGGAGGGGGGGUUGCAAUUUGAUAGAAACAGUAGAAACUGCAUUUUAAAUUGCUUUAUAGCAUUUAUUCACUCUUUGGGGCGAAAAUACGAGCUUUCAGUUGUAACUUAGAUAUAUGUAACAAAACAGAAUUCUUAUGCAGCAACUUUCAGAUAUAUGUAACAACACAGAAUAUGUAUUCAGUAACUUUCAGAUAUAUGUAAUUUUUAUGCAGUAACUUUUAACAAUGCAAACGGGAGCGAGAUCUCUUAUUAAAAUACAAUAAAUUACACCUGUGAAAAAGA